AUCACCACUAGAAGAACGAGAGGAAGCAGAAAGGCUGAAAGGAAACUCUGGUCAUCAGUCCUGCUCCUGGAAAUCUACUGACCUGCAGAGUUGUCUCGAGGCCGAGCUGCAGCCAUGACGACUAAAGUAGUCAUCACUCAGCCGGUGGUGCUGGAUUCCAGAGAUUCUGACGAGUGGGGCUCCGGGAUCUGCGACUGCUGCGACGACGUCCCGGAGUGUUGUUUCGCAUACUGGUGCUGCCCGUGUUUCGCCUGCGUCAAAACGAAAGAGUAUGGACAGUGUUUAUGUCUCCCCCUGCUGGACAUAUUUGGUUUUGUCCCACCGGCCACACUAGGAAUGAGGAUCUCUAUGCGCCACCGCUAUGGCAUUAAGGGCUCCAUCUGUAACGACUGCUUGAUCGCCACGUUCUGCGUCAGCUGUGCCUGGUGUCAGAUGUCUCGAGAGAUGAAGAGGCGGUAUAUUCCCAUCGCCCUCGUCAACGCCAGGCCGACGUUCUAGCAGCACACUGCUCGUAGCUGACUGAGUGCGCAGCAGUCAGUUGUCUAAUGAGAACUACAUGAAAUCGUUGAGCUUCUUUGAUAGCGAAAGUGUUUUUUGUCAUGAAUUAUCUUCGUCUUGAAUAUGUUCGAUUAACAUGUUGCACGCUGUAUUUUAAGUUAACUUGCAUGAUUACUAAUAUUGUUAAUUCUGCAGUUCUGUGAACUUUGUCUGUUGCACCUAUUUUAUUUGUAAAACAAACUAAGCUAAAAAUAAAUAAAAUUGGGAGGUUUAUUAUGUAAA